AUGCGCUACCAGUUCCGUAUGCUGCACGUGCCAGGAAAGCUGCUAAGCACGGCCGAUACUUUGUCGCGCAUCACCCACAAGGCACCCACUCCCCUCGACACUAUCGAACUUUUUGCAGCACAGGUAGUCGGCUGCACGUCGGAAGUCUUGCCACUCAGCCCUAAAGACGUGCGGCAGGCGCAAGAGUCUGAUGGCGAAUGCAAGGCCCUCGUCUCCUACUGCCAGCAUGGUUUGCCACAAAACUCCAAGAUACCACUGCGCCUCUCCAAGUACAGCUCCGUGGCAGACGAGCCCUCUGUCUGCGACGGUGUUCUGCUGAAAGGCGCCCGGAUAGUCAUCCCAUCGUCCCUUCGGCCGGCGGCCUUGACGCUGUUGCACGAAGGUCACCAGGACAUCAACAUGACCAAAGCCCUAGCUCGGGAGUCAGUUUGGUGGCCCGGUAUCUCGGCAGACAUCGCCUCUCUUGUCACCAACUGCGAACAGUGUACUUCCACCCACGUGAACCUUGCAGAGCCCCUGGUCUCCGCGGCCCUACGUGGACGUCCCUGGGAGUUCCUCGGAAUAGACUUGUUCCACCUCAACGGCCAGACGUUCAUCCUGGUGGUGGACUAUUACUCAAGCUUUUCUGAGGUGGUGACCCUGAGGAGCACGACAGCUCAGGCAGUCAUCGACGCUCUCAAAGCCGUCAUUUCCCGCCAUGGAAUCACGCAAGAAGUCAGGUUAAACAACGGCCCACCGUUCUCGUCUCAAGAGUUCGCGGCGUUUGCAGCGUCGUAUGGCUUUAAUCAUGUGACCAGCAGUCCACACUACGCUCAGUCUAACGGAGGGGCGAAGAGGAUGGCGCGUACAAUCAAGGACCUGUUUCGCAAGUCAAAGGACCCUCAUUUGGCCCUGCUCAGCUAUCGGGAUACUAUAGGAGUAGACGGCUUUAGUCCAGCCCAGCUGUUGAUGGGACGUCAACUCUGA